UUCAGCCUCAAGUUUGGCUGUCGAGCUGAAGUUCAUAGAUUAGUUUAACCGGACAGGACACGGUGCUGCUCGGACCUACAACACACUCCGGUGGUCCAGACUCAGAGCUUCCAAGCCGGUGCAACGAAACAUGUCCCCUGCAGCAGCAACCAAUCUUGGCUACACCCCACCAGAUGGAGGCUGGGGCUGGGCUGUCGUCUUCGCCUCUUUCAUCUCCAUAGGAUUCUCCUAUGCCUUUCCCAAGUCCCUCACCAUCUACUUUAAGGAGAUUCAGGAAUAUUUUUCAGUUUCCUACAGUCAAAUUGCCUGGGUGUCCUCAGUCAUGCUCGCCUCUAUGUAUGCAGGAGGACCAGUGAGCAGUAUACUUGUCAACCGCUAUGGCAGCAGACCUGUGGUUAUGGUUGGUGGGGUCAUGGUUAGUGCUGCUAUGGUGCUUGCUUCUUUUGGCACAACUAUCGUGCAUCUGUAUCUUUGCAUCGGAGUAAUUGGAGGAUUAGGCCUCGCCUUCAACCUACAGCCGGCCCUGACGAUCAUAGGUACCUAUUUCCAAGUCAAAAGGCCACUGGCGAAUGGACUCGCUAUGGCAGGAAGCCCAGUUCUUCUCUUUACUCUGGCCCCUCUCAAUCAGUUUCUGUUUGAUUCUUUUGGCUGGAGGGGGAGUUUCCUCAUCCUGGGAUCCAUUGUUUUGAAUUGCUGUGUAGCCGGUUCUUUGAUGAGACCAGUCAACAAACACGCUCCAAAGACCGCACCAUCAAAGUGUAACGGGGCAGCUACUGAGGAAGCUGCUGCUGCGGAAGCCAGUGCUCCCUCAGAUAACCUUCUGACUGAAGAAAACCAGAAGGAGAGCAAGGGUCAGAGCUGCGUGCAGAGAUUCAUAGAUCCCACGCUUUUCAGACACAGGGGCUUCCUUAUUUAUCUCAUUGGUAAUGUGGUCAUGUUUUUUGGCUUUUUCGCGCCUGUGGUUUUUCUUGCUCCGUAUGCCAAACAUCUAGGGAUUGAUGAAUAUUCAGCAGCCUUCUUGCUCUCUAUUUUUGCUCUUGUAGACAUGUUUGUCAGACCAGCAACUGGCCUCAUAGGCAACACCAAGUGGAUAAGGCCGCGAAUCCAAUACUUUUUCAGUUUUGCAGUUUCAUACAACGGUGUGUGCCACCUUCUGUGCCCACUGGCGUCUGGAUAUUGGGGUCUGGUAGCUUACGCUGUCUUCUUUGGUGUGGCGUUUGGGAUGGUUUGUGCACUGCUCUUUGAAGUUCUGAUGGACCUUGUCGGAGCUCAUCGCUUCUCCAGUGCAGUUGGGCUGGUCACCAUUAUCGAGUGUGCACCGGUGCUUCUUGGACCUCCAAUGUCAGGAGCUCUGGUUGAUAUUUUCGGAGAAUACAAAUACUUGUACUACGCCUGCGGAGUGUUAAUGCUGGUGCCUGGCAUAUUUUUCUUCAUCAUGAAUUACUACAACUACAAGAAGCUGGACGAGGAGCAGAGGCAGCGCGAGGCUGUGGAUAUGAGGACUUGUGAGGAGGCAGUACAACUUAAAAUGAGCCAGGAUGAUAAAACGGCACAUGAAACAGAUGGAUGAACCUGCUUCUUUUAAUGGAUGACACUGGAUAGGCUUUACAGCAGGAAAUACAUUGUGUAGCGUAUUAUUGAUAAGAGAUAUUUUCUACUUUGAAUGACGUUGUUGGAUUUUUUGGACCUUUGCUACAUAUCUGCAUGUUUUCAUCUUUAUUUUUUGUGUGUUAUUAUUAGUACAUUAUUCGACAACUGUAGCUUUAAUGGCUUUUGUUCAUAAAUUGUCCAGAAUGCCUCUGUUCUUUCAACUACAAUUAUGAUAAUGGCUCUAUUAACUAAUAUGGUUCCUCUUUGUUUCUUCAGUGACUGAAUAAAAAGUAGUUUCCCUGAGGGACUGAUAUAAAAUAACA